UUCGGGUGUCGAAGUGUCAGGGCGAAGGAACACCGCUGCCUGAACCGAAUAAAGCUGCGUGCACGGCUGGGAAGUGAGAACGCCGGGAGCGUCCCAGUAGAUCAAGCUGUGGCACAUGAUGCUAUCUUACGAGUAAUCUUAAUCAAGCGUCUAGGAUCACGCCUCCAAGAUGCUGUUUCUCCGCACUUGCUUCUCCAUCAUACAACCCACGACAGUACAGUAGUAUGUAAUUCCGUACUGGUCCCAGAGGUUUCAGGGCACGAAAGCCGGUGGCACGAAAGGUUUUUGAGACGCGACAGUAGUAGAUACCUUGGUAGUGGUCGUUUCGAAAAAGGUAUUUGAAAGUUUUAUUUGCAUUUCUCAAUCAUGGAAACCACGGCAGUGGUAGAUAGUCUCGUAGUGGUCCCAGAGGCUCCGGGCGCGAAAGGCGGCACGAAAGGGGAAGCGAAUGGGCGGCAAGAAAGGUCGCACUACCAUUGCCAGUGGGCACGUGGGCCCGGCGCUUUCCUGGACCUAGGCAUAGGGUGAUUGUAGGCUAGCACAUGGCAGGUUAGGCCUUUCAUGGCAGGUAGACGUAGGACGAUCUUACUAAGAUCUUUCCUGGUAGGAAAGCGACGGUUUGUUGAGAUUCGUCGGUACCCUUGUCAUGGCAAUAGUAGCCAGUAGUAAUAGCCAGUAAUAGCCAGUAAUAGCCAGUAAGAAUCAUAGGCGUCGAAUAGCGGGCUUCAUCGGAAUGCGGCAAAUCACCGUCAUCAUCCUUUCGAAGGCAACUUGCGUAUGCCGAGUACGACUCGGAGUCGUUUACACGCACAUAACUACUACUAACGUACAUAACUACUACUUAGUAGUAUGGGCCCUUCGCAGCAGCCUUGUACUUCCGAAUCUCACGCAGUACCUGCAGCGGCGUUGGUAGUACGACUGGAUCGCAGCACUCAGAAACCCCUUAUUCCCAACUGCCGGCAUCCAAGCAUAUUACCGUCAUAUGCUCGUUUCCUCGCUCCUGCUUCCGCCGUUCCCUCAUGCCGCAUCGGCGAUACGCUGCACAAGCGCUCCGAGGUUCGGCCCGAACCAAAUGACCGGUAAUGCAAAUUAUUCUCUAGCUACUGCUGCCUCCGAAGUCGACACAACGAACCCCGCCGAACGCCCGUCAAGCGCCACGGAAAAUCCGUUCGUUCGACGGGCACAACCGCCGCAGCCCGUCCCAGCCGACGAAGAGAACCCUGACGGUUUCCGUCACGGUGACGGAUUCCGUCAAGUUCCGUUUUUCGACGAAGAAGAAUGGCGGCGGCCGGCGAAGCGCCGAACACGGCGGAGCUCCACGGACGCCACAGCGUCAAUCACGGCAGCUUUAAUCUCCCCCGGCAGCUUUCGCAAUCACGGCUUUAAUCACGGCACCGGAGGAGGGGAGAAAGCCGAGUUGGAUCGCAGAGCGACACUGUCACCAUCGGCGACGGAAUAUCAUGGCGGAGCGGCUCGCUGCGUCCCCGAAGCUCCCGCGUCGCACUUUCUGCCCUCUUCUGGAGGAGAGGCAGCAACCGAGCCCGGCGAGCGCAGAGCACCUCAAUCAUCGUCGGCAACGGUCGCUGUCGGAGCGGCUCGCUGCGUUCCAGAAGCUCCCUCUUCGCACGCUACCGGAGGGGCCCUCGUCGCACGCUCGUCGCACUUUCCCUCGCCGCACGUUCUGCUCUCCCGCGCCUCCAAGACUGGAGGGGAGGCAACAAGCGAGCCCGCGCGCAGAGCACUACUGUCGUCAUCGGCAACGGUCACAGUAUUUCAUGGCGCAGUGGCUCGCUGCGUUCCUGAAGCUCCACAGGAGGACGAGAAAGCAGCCAAGACAGACGUGCCUUUUUCCAGGCUCGAGAUCGACCUGAAUACAGACCUGAAUCCGAGCCUGGAUCCGAGCCUGGAUCCGAGCCUGGAUCCGAGGCUGAACCCGAGCCUGAACCCGAGUCUCUAUCCGAGCUCGAAUCUGAGCCUUGGCCCGAGCUUCCCUUUGAAACAAGAGAUUGAUGCAGUUUCGACGCGUGGAGCAUCCACCCAGGCACCAGAUUCGCGAGUGCUGAGUCAAGCUGGAGCUGAUUCAAGGGCCCAUUUAGACUCGAAAUGGACCUGGGGUCAAGGUUCAGCAGGUCAGGGGCUUCGUGAUGCUGACUGGGCGGAGUCGCAGGGCGACCCCGUGCUCCUCCAGCUACUCCCACCGCCACUGCCACGUGUUUCUGAUGCGCCAAGACCGCCGGUUCCGCCACCACCCGACGCGCCAAGUGAUUCCGAGGCGCCAAGCACACAGCUUCUGCCACCGGCACCGGCACAUGGUGUAGCUUCCUGCCAAGGAACGACAAGGGAGAUGCUUCUUCCGUGUGCUCCAGCCAGCAUCAAUUUCUGGUCUGCUAUAGGCAACAUCAGUUCUCCGUCUGCUCCGGCCAACGUCAAUGUUUUUUCCGCUACAGGCUGCAUCGUUUUUCCGUCUGCUACAGGCGAUAGGAUUCGUGCACCUGCUACAAUCGACCAGCAUACUUUUUACACACCAAGGCAUGCAGAUACUCGUGGUUCCCAAUGGAAGACCCUGGCAGGGCGAGAAGACCCAGCGGAAGCAAACGUGCAGGCAGCAGCGGAUGAAGGAAACAGCAACCAGAUCUUUUCCCCUGCAGGCAACAGUGCAGGGAGCAGGAGUGUUGAGGCGGAGAGGGAGAGGGUUACCACCACUCUGCAGAAUAAGCCUUCAAGGCCCAAACUGCGGCGAUGGGAGCCCGGAUUUGCUGCUGGUGACACUGUGGCAGAGAGUGUUGUUGCUGCCGGUGGCGUCGAGAGAGAAAGUGUUGUUGCUGCUGUGGGUGGCAAGGAGAGAGAAAGAGUUGCUGACAAGUCCAGGCCGGUUGUAGCGGCUUUGGGUGGUGCUGACAAGUGUGGCCCAGUUGUAAGGAACCAAGGGCUGCCAGCUGCAGAUAUUGAACUUUCAGCCUAUCCAUAUGCAGUGAACAGCCUACUCCAUGCCAAUCCACUCCAUGCUACCCCAUUCGAUGCCAAGCCACAGCAGCAGAGUUUGCUUGUCAGCAGCAGAGGCCUGCAUUCUAUGGGCCAACAUGCCAACCUGAACGAGCUUCUAGGGAAACCACGGCUGCCAGCAGCAGACGGCCAUCUCACAGCCUCCCCAUUUGCAGUGAACAACAGCCCACUCCACGCCAGCCCACUCCAUACCAGCCCACUCCAUACCAGCCCACUCUAUACCAACCCACAGCAGCAGACUGUCCCUGUGAACAGCCCAGGUCUGCAUUCUAUGGGCCAACAGGCCAACAUGAACGAGCUUCUAGGGAACCCACGGGUGCCAGCAGCAGACGGCCCUCUCACAACCUCCCCCUACCAUGGCUUUCCUCGCCACAAAUCCCAUGGUCUCCCUGAUCUCUUCCCACGUGCAUCAACAGGUCUACCUCUCUCCUCCACCACCCCCCCUGCUCUUUUCCCAAACGCACCUGCAAGUUUACCUCACUCCUCCAUCCCACCUGCUCUUUUCCCAAGCACAUCUACAGGCCUGCCUCGCCCCAAAUCCCCUGCCGUUUUCCCAAGCGCACCUGCCCGGUGCCUGCUUGUGCGGUCGGCUAGAAGACGAAAAUCCGCGAUACAAUCUGAGCAUGUUCAAGAUGAGUUUUUGCCAUCGGGGAUUCCCAGGCUGCCUCCGAGUGUGGUACCUGUGAUGCACUUAGCUGAGAGUAACAGGUUGAUAGUUCCUAGGAGUCAAUGGGCUAAGGGGCUGGUUGUGAGUCACAUGAAUGUUAUUGAGGACGGCAGUAAGGGAGACAGGCAGACCCCGGAUAUGGCAGGGAAGGAAUAAAUGAGGGCAUGGGAUAAAAGUGGCAACUUAUACAUCAAUUGUAUAUGUAGAAGUUAUAGGCAAGAAGGGUUCGUUCUCUUAGAGAGCACAACACCCAACCUUCCCAUGUAUCCCUACUUUCUAGUCAAUGCGU